AACUGAUGCCGUGAUGGAUUAGCCAUUAAAUCACGAACAAGGUCUAAAAUUCGCUUUAAAAAUUUGUAACAAAUUAUACACAAAAGUUAAAACUAUGCAAAUUGUUUCUAAAAAUCGGCAAUAAGUAGGUGUCAUAUUUGAGGGGACGUAUUGAUUACUUUUUUUAACCCUUUAACGGGCAAACUUCCAUUUUAUAUGACAAAAAUUACUACCCUAUAACAAUGAUUUUAAACUUCAUUUCAAAAUGACAGUUCAAUUUUCCUUAAUUUCUGAUACUCGUCUGACCGUACGAGAAAUUAUAAUUAAAUUUAAAAACCAAACAAAAAAUUAAAUUAAAACCCAUGAUAUCUACACUCCUGCGGACGCAGUUCCAUCUCGCUGACGCUUAGUCUCAUAUCAGAGUGAGAAACGGCCCUUAAUAAACGAAUAUAAACUACGUAAAUGUAAACGCAAUCCACCUUAUAACAUAAAACGCAACCGGGAAUUAUAGAUUUAUAAGGAAAAAAGUCAAACAACGUAACAAUAAUAAAACAAUACGCAUUCAACAAAUCCUAUUUAAGGCGACAAUUAUUCAUAACCCUGUUAGUACCACUCCGGUGCCCAAUAAGUGAUUUUCGUAAUCAUGGCCGGGCUCAUCAAAGCAGCAUUGCUGUUCAAAAUAUUGAUUGUCCAAGGGAGUGUUUUUCACGCACAAAAGUACCUGCAAGACUCAAACCAUAUUGAGCGCUAUGAAAGUACAUAUUCAGACUAUCCUAGUUCUGAUGACUUUGGCGAUGCAUUAAGUAACUUUGAUGUCGGACAAAUGGAGUUACUGUCAGGAUAUCAACACAGCCAUUUUGCUAAAAUAAUACCUGAUUGGUUUUCAAAUCCAGUGAAUCCGGAUCUUAUGGGACCAGUUGGUCAUAUAGGCCCUCUUGGUCCCUCUGGUCCAAUUCGUCCUACCUGGUCAUCGUCUAAUGGUCAAGGCAGAAACGGUUUUCCCGCCAAGCGAAAACCGAAUAGCAAUAGAAGGAACAGGAUGUGUCAAAACGUAAAGGGAUUGCCAACACCUGAGUCAGGGUGUUGUGGUGUGGAGGUGCCACGCUUUCCAACUCAUCAACAGCAUCCAGGUUAUCUGAAUAGUCCAUUCUGGCCCGAAUCUUGGAACGACCGCCACCGACGGUCAACUGACAGCGACGAACCACCUCAUAAAAUGAUAAGAGGCGGUCAGGCGACGGACUUGCAUCAGCUGCCAUGGACGGUGAGGUUGGCAAUCAAUCCGCGUCUGAAAGGCCUGCACAGCCCGGAGUACUGCGGCGGGACCAUCAUCAGCUCCCGAUAUGUGCUCACUGCUGGCCACUGCCUGUAUAACACAUUCAAAGAUAUUUCGCAACUUGAAGUUUUCUUAGCUGAGUAUGAUACUGAUACCUACCCAGAAGAUUGCAUCAUGAGUAAUGGAAAAAAAGAAUGCAUUUAUAACAUAGUAAAGAAAGUCGAGCACGUGAUAAUACACAAAGAUUAUAACGACACCUACUUGCAAAACGAUGUGGCACUCCUGAGACUCAGCUCCGAUAUACCAUAUACAGAUUUCAUCAGACCGAUAUGCUUGCCGACCAAAGACGUUGAAGAUCUAAAAGGUGAAAACAUCAUCAUCGCUGGAUGGGGUUUGAACGGCAAAAAAGAGACCAACGUGAAACAAGCAGCGAAUGUUAAUUACGUGUCAAAUUACAAAUGUAAAGAACAGUACUCAUACAAAGACGACAGCAUGUUUUGCAGUAUCGGAGACCAUGGGGAGGACAUUUGUCAUGGCGACUCCGGGGGCCCUUUGAUGGUAUUGUCAAAACACAAAUAUUUCCUGUCAGGUAUUGUUAGCGGGAAACGGGGCGAUCAUGAAUGCGGAGCCUCGGUGUCCUCAUUGUUCAAUAACGUUUUCUAUCACAAAGAGUGGAUUAUUAAACACGUUAAAUCACUCAAAAUACUGGUCUUAAUGGGAUUGGCGUUGAGAAGCUGUUCUUCCAUCAUGGCACAGUUUAUUUUUUCCUUAGUAAUGGUUGUUCUGUCAGUGUUGGUUCCAGCUUUUGCUAAAUGGAACCAGCUGGGAGGUGGUAGACCCGGAUUUGGGCAGGGUGGCUUCAGCGAUGGGACAUGCUCAGCUAUCCAGUGUAUUCUUCCGGAGCCGAAGUCUGGCUGCUGCGGCAAACACGCUGAAGUUGGACGUAGUCCAGAUGACAAUAACAAUGGUGGUGAUCAGGAAGAUGACAAUAGUAAUGGGUACGGCGUUGAUGAUGGCUAUGGGACAGGAGGAGAUGAUAGCAAUGGCUACGGACCAGGAGACGACGAUGAUGAAUCUGACUUUAACGACGGCAAUGAUUUCAACUAUGGCAACGACAAUGACUUCGACUUUGGCAAUAGGGAUUGGAACUCUGAUUACAAUGACUGGGGAGUCAGCAGCAUUGGAAUCGGUGAUUUCGAUUUCGGACGUUCUAUGUUUAAUGCAGAAAAUCGUUUCAAGCGAUCAACCGAUAAAAAUGGUUCCGAUGUUGCACCAGAUAAAUAUAUCAUUGCCGGGAAACCUGCAGGCAUAGCUCAGUACCCUUGGCUCGUCCAUCUUACUGUAAAGCUACAAGAGAAAAUGAUCGGCUGUGGAGGGUCCCUCCUCAGCACCCGUCACGUGAUCACAGCGGCCCAUUGCGUUGAUUUCAAUAUCAGGAAUUACAAUGAUGUAAGCGUCUACUUGGCCGAGUACAACACAAGGACUUAUCCCAACGAUUGCGUAGGAAGACAAUGUGUAAAGAAUUUGGUCAUGUACCCGGACAUGAUAUCUAAGCACAACAGAUACAACCGUGACGCACUCCACAACGAUAUAGCUUUGAUGAGACUUAGUUCAGCAGCGCCUUACACUGACUACAUUCGCCCCAUUUGCGUGCCUCGUUUCAACAUUAAUUCCGCCAAGUAUGAUGGAACACCGCUGACCGUUGCCGGCUGGGGUCAGACGGAGUACGGCCAACCGUCCUCAAUAAAACUUCACACCCAGGUUGCUCAAGUGCCCCCAAACAAAUGCAGGAAGCACUACCCAGAUAUCACUGAACGUCAACUUUGUGCUGCCGGGAAGAGCGGCCAAGACACUUGCGUGGGAGAUUCUGGUGGUCCGAUCAUGAUGGAACGUGAUGGAACCUUCUAUAUCGUUGGGCUGGUGAGCGGAAAGCGCUCGGACGCUGGGUGCGGGUCACCGGUGCCUACCAUGUACACCAAUGUAUUUGCGUAUAUCAAAUGGAUACAAGAUUUUAUGAGAAAAUAAGCCCCUGUGGUUUCACUGAUCUCAAAACGUUUAAUUAAAUUGAAAUAAAAUAUUAUAUGUAAGUAAUACCUACUUAAUCGUAUUUUUUCCUUCUCAUUCAGUUUAUACAUAUUGUGUAACUUUUAACACUGGUUUUGAAAGGGAAUGCUUACAAGGUGGUGCCCGAACCUCCCGACUGCCCAAUGCUCCCCUAUCUCCCCUACACUUGAAGUCUCUAUGAGAUUACAUUAAAGACACCUUUUUUCAAAUAAAAGAACAAUUUUUGAAAUCGGUUCACACGAUAGAGUAUUAUCCCAGCAAAACCAACAUACGUGCAAAUUAUAUCGCGUAAAUUAGUUAGACAAUUUUCAGAUAGAUGGCGCUGUACACAUGUAUACUUGGUAUAAUAAUUUCUCAUAGUGCUGAUCAAAAGUCUUUCAAAGAUAAGAAAGAAAGAGAUAAUUCAAAGUUUGUACGGAACCCUCGGUGCGCAAGAAAAACGAACUCGCACUUGACCGGUUUUGUUUGGUACGUUUUCACUUGAAUUUUAACAAUAUUUCAUAUUUACACCAUCUAUUGUAUGAGCUGUUUAGAAAGACUAUAAAGUUUAAAGCGACCGAAUUGAAUCGAAUUGAUAAAUUAAUUAUAAAAAAUCUGUUGGCUACGUGACCUGUCGCAAGUUUAACAUGUUUUCCCCAUCACAAAAAGUGCACAGCGCUGCUAAAGAAGUUUCAAAUUUCAUUUCAAAUAAUAGUUCAUUUCAUUGUUUUAGAAUGAAGAAAGGGUACGCGUUUCAUUCAAAAAAAAAUUACGUCAUUUUACAAACUAAUUCCAGAAUAGCAGUUGCGACGUUAAAAUCAAAUGUCAGAAAACAACAACCACUAACUACUUGCUUUUUAAUUGUACAAUUAUAUGCAUCAAGCUCCUUAGAUAAUUUAAUUGAGAAUAUUUUGGCUAAACGUGGUACAAGAAAAUGUUGUUUUUUUUUUUAUCAGAAUGGUACUCUUCAACGACACAUAGUACACGCUUGGCGAUUUGUCCUUUUCGCUGUGUUUGUUAAGCAAAUCAGCAAAAUUUAUUAAAAACAAUGUAGUUAAAACUGCAUAAUUAAUCACUUUGACUCAGUAUGAAUAAUGACCAUCCUACGUUGGGUAAUGUAAAAAAGCAGAAUAUUCAGGCCGCGUAGCCAACGUGCAUAUGGCUUACGCUCCAUAGUGAUCGAGACGCAAGUGUCACUGUCGCAUUAAUAUGGAAGAGUGAGAGAGACACAAAGCGAUUUGUUAUCGAAGCAAUAGCGAUUGUGACCUUGGCUAGGCCAGCAUCACAGUAGUUCAAAAUUUAGGAAUAGAUCACAUUUUUAUAUUAAAGGAAAAAAGGAAAAAAUUUCGCUUCUGGCUGGACUUGAACCCGCAACCUCUGCAAAAGAUAAAAUAAUAAAAAUAGUAUCGGUCGCAGACGUAUCUGCUUGUUAAAUUUGAUUUAUCACAUUGCCCGGCUAGAAGUAGGAAGGUAUUUAUACUGCCCGGUUCAUGUGAUAAAUUCGAGCUAUCUAAAACCUUGAUUUAUUCAAUGGACCACGGACCGUCCGUUAUUAUUAAUAUGGACCGACCAAAGUAAUACAUUUUUCACUUUGUCCGACGCUCUUGGCCAUUAUUUAUAAUGACGGGUCAUUGUUAAUAUUGUCUGGUUAAUCAAGUUUCCCGUAAUAAUAAUACUUACUAAUUAUUAUGUGGCCGAGCCGAAUACAUAUCUGUU